GCUUUUUUUUUUUUCCCACAGGUACUACUUGCGCGUCAGAUCUCUUCUGUCUGGAAUUGCCACUCUGGCAGGUUUGGAGAGCGGAAAGAUCGCAUCCUCCCGCUGCUCAGUAGCACCUCGACAAUCCUAUAUUCCUCUACCUCACUACCUCUCGGCUUCGCCAUGCUCGACGCAGACAUCUACCCACACCUAGUCAACCUCGUGAUCAACCUCGCGCCACGCGAUGCGCUUCUACGCCUCCGCGCAGCCUCAAAAGAGUUCCGCGCCAAGGCGGACACGCAGCUCAUCGCUGGCCGCAUCAUAAUCGCCGCCGCAACCUCUGCAGCCGACGAGAGAACCGUAAGCUCUUCUACCAACUCGCUGGCGCGCGACUGUCUUGAGAUGCCCGUGAUCGUAUCCUCGCCAUCUGGCCGCAUCCCCGCUUUCGAAGGCAUGGCGCGAGGCGAGGUCUUUAACCCCGCCGCGCAUGACCUCAGCCGCGUCCGCAUUGUGGACCUCGUAGGCGUCCGUACGCUCCGUCCCGAACCACGUCGCAUUUCGUGCACCCGUUACGAUACGUCUCUUCCCGACGCAUGCGAUAUCUUUAUCGCACCGUCGCUCGACUCGUCCCGCCUCACCGUGCGCUUCAUGCAUAAUCUUGUCGGCGAGCGUGCCUUGGACUCAUCGUUUGUCGGAGCCACACGCGCUGUGGCAGCCAGCCCCGACACCACGGUUCUCUUCACCCCGCUCCCCCACAUGUUCUACGCCGAGUGGCAGGCGCCUUCUCUCCUCAGAUGGCCGAGCGCCGGGAAGGUCGACCUGCGCCGCGCGGUCAUCAACAUAUCGGUGCAUCUGGACGAUACUCGCCCCGACGAAUUCGCCUUGUGCCCAGUGAGUGCGCCGGAAAUGGUGUUGGUGUUCCAUCGGGCCGACACUCCAGUUGUCGACCACGCAAGCCGUAGCGCUGGAGUCGAUCACAUGCUCCGAAUCCUGGGAUACGCUGUCGCUCUGCACAUUGCGGACGGACAUAGUCCUACUGUGGCGGGAAUCGAAAUCUUUGAUGGGUGGCCAGGAUGGGAGCCUAAUGAGGGAGAAGGGGUGUGGGACGGGCUUGUCAGGCGCUUCCGUCACUUCUGCAGGAGCACAAUGGGGCGAAAUCCCAGGAUGGCGGGGCCGGAGGCUUUGGAGGCUUUGUCUCGGAUCACUUUCAUGACUCUCGACGAGUUUCGUGCCUAUCUAGGCCCAGAGCGUACUGCAAUUGAGACCAUGGAAACUGGAUGGGCGGGGAAGAUGGAGUCCAUUCGUUGAGAGUCAAAGCAGUGCCAGUAGAGAGCAUAGAUGGGCAAACAGACGACGCGCUGAUAGCAAUGCCAUCCAUGUAUGACAUGAGCUUUUUGGGA